AUGAUAGUAGAUGAACCUUGAAAACUUAAAACUUAUUUCUUUGAGUGCUGAUUAGCAAGAUUUUCAAAAAUUAUGCAAAUGCUACACUAAAUUACCUUUCUUAUUUCUUUGUAGGCUGACCAACUGACCGAAGAGCAGAUUGCAGAAUUCAAAGAAGCUUUUUCACUAUUUGACAAGGAUGGGGAUGGAACUAUAACAACAAAAGAAUUGGGAACUGUAAUGAGGUCUCUUGGGCAGAAUCCUACAGAAGCAGAAUUGCAGGACAUGAUUAAUGAAGUAGAUGCUGAUGGUAAUGGCACAAUCGACUUCCCAGAAUUUCUGACCAUGAUGGCAAGAAAAAUGAAAGAUACAGACAGUGAAGAAGAAAUUAGAGAAGCAUUCCGUGUGUUUGAUAAGGAUGGUAAUGGUUAUAUUAGUGCAGCUGAGCUUCGCCACGUGAUGACAAACCUUGGAGAGAAGUUAACAGAUGAAGAGGUUGAUGAGAUGAUCAGGGAAGCAGAUAUUGAUGGUGAUGGUCAAGUAAACUAUGAAGAGUUUGUACAAAUGAUGACAGCAAAGUGAAGACAUUGUACAAAAUGUGUUAAAUUUCUUGUACAAAAUUGUUUAUUUGCCUUUUCUUUGUUUGUAACUUAUCUGUAAGAGAUUUCCCCCUACUGUCAAAAAAAAUAUGCAUGUAUAGUAAGUAGGACUUCAUUCCUCCAUGUUUUCUUCCCUUAUCUUACUGUCAUUGUCCUGAAACCUUAUUUUAGAAACUUGAUCAAGUAACAUGUUGCAUGUGGCUUACUCUGGAUAUAUCUAAGCCCUUCUGCACAUCUAAAUGUAGAUGGAGUUGGUCAAAUGAGGGAACAUCUGGGUCAUGCCUUUUUUU